CCCACAGUCGCCGUGCGACAGAUUGGGGAGAAUGGCUGCCAGUGGAGACGUAGGAAAGCUGUUACAAGUACAGAAUGGGACUCCAGCAAGCACAAGCUACAACGGGGUAGAUGCCCUUCAUGCCUGUAACAUCCUCCAGCAGCUUAAAGCCUUGUACGACGAAGCUCAGCUGACUGACAUUGUCGUGGAAGUGGACCAUGGCAAAACAUUCUCUUGUCACAGAAAUGUCCUCGCUGCCAUCAGUCCUUACUUCAGAUCCAUGUUCACAAGUGGCCUUACAGAGAGCAGUCAGCGGGAGGUGCGGAUUGUUGGCGUGGAGUCGGAGUCCAUGCAUUUGGUUCUGGACUACGCUUACACCUCACGUGUCACUCUCACCGAGUCUAACGUGCAGGCACUGUUCACUGCCGCCAGCAUCUUCCAGAUCCCAGCCCUCCAAGACCAGUGUGCCCAGUUCAUGAUCAGCCGUUUGGACCCUCAGAACUGCAUUGGGGUCUUCAUGUUCGCAGAUGCUUACGGCCACCAGGAGUUGCGGGAGCGCUCGCAGGAUUACAUCCGCAAGAAGUUCCUGUGCGUGAUGGGAGAGCAGGAGUUCCUUCAUCUGACCAAAGAACAGCUGGUCAGCAUUCUCAACAGUGACGAUCUGAACGUGGAAAAAGAGGAGCACGUGUACGAAAGCAUCGUGCACUGGUUGGAGUAUGACUGCUCACGUCGGGAGGCAGAUUUACCUGAGGUUUUUGCCAAAUGCAUCCGCUUGCCCCUGCUAGACGAGGCCUUUCUGAGCCGUAUACCCCCAGCCUUCGCUCUGGCCUUGUCCAGGGAUCCCUCGGAUAAGGGUCGGCUCAAUGGCUGCCCGCAACGGCUGGGUAUGACUGCAUCCGAGAUGGUCAUCUGCUUCGAUGCGGCUCACAAGCACUCAGGGAAGAAGCAGACCGUGCCUUGCCUGGACAUUGUUGCCGGUAAGGUGUACAAGCUUUGCAAGCCACCUAAUGACCUCAGAGAGGUUGGCAUUUUGGUCUCGUCAGAGAACGACAUCUUCAUCGCUGGAGGCUAUCGGCCGAGCAAUAGUGAGGUGUGCAUCGACCAUCGCGCAGAGAGUGACUUCUGGCAGUACGAGCAUGCUGGCAACAGGUGGCUCCCGCGAUCGCCCAUGCUGCGGGCACGCAUCGGCUGCAGGUUAGUGCACUGCUACGGGAAACUCUACGCUAUGGGUGGUCGAGUGUAUGAAGGGGACGGACGAAAUGCUUUGAAAUCUGUGGAGUGCUAUGAUGCCAGAGACAACUGCUGGACAGCGGUCAGUCCCAUGCCGGUGGCCAUGGAGUUCCACAGCACAGUAGAGUAUAAGGACCGCAUCUAUGUGCUGCAAGGAGAAUACUUCUUCUGUUUUGACCCACGCAAAGACUACUGGGGCCAUUUACCGUCCAUGAAAGUUCCCCGUACUCAAGGCUUGGCCGCCCUGUACAAAAACUGCAUCUACUACAUAGCAGGCAUCUGCAGAAACCACCAGCGCACGUUUACCGUGGAGGUGUACGACAUCGAGCAGAACACCUGGUGCCGUAAAAGAGACCUCCCCUUCGAGCAAGCGACCAGCCCCUACAUCAAGGUGCUUCUGCUUCAGGGCAGAUUGCAUCUGUUUGUUCGGGCUACGCAAGUCAUGGUAGAAGAACACGUGUUUCGUACCAGCCGCAAGAAUUCUCUCUACCAGUACGACGAUGAAGCUGACCAAUGGACAAAGGUCUAUGAGACGCCGGACCGCCUCUGGGACCUCGGCCGCCAUUUUGAGUGUGUGGUGGCCAAACUAUACCCUCAGUGUCUUCAGAAAGUGCUGUGAGCGUCGAGGAUGUGCUGUUUGAGACAGCUGAUCAAUAUUUUUGGAGAAGAGGGAUGAUGGUACUGCUCAAUACAUGGUGCUGUUUGUGUCCCCAACACCAGAACUGCAGGGGAAGUCUUAAAGCGUUAAAGGUUUCAAUCAAUAAACUUGAGGGUGCUGUUUGAAAAAGAAAAAAAAAA